GGGGCGGUGUUGGAUGGUAUAAAAGCAACUCCAGCUGCGGGAUCCCUCAUCCAUUUCUGCCUUCUCCUCCUGAGAGUGAGGUGCUCCUGCAGCCACAGCCAUGUCCUGCUACGACCUGUGCCGGCCCUGCGGCCCCACCCCACUGGCCAACAGCUGCAACGAGCCCUGCGUGCGCCAGUGCCAGGACUCCCGCGUGGUCAUCCAGCCCUCGCCCGUGGUGGUCACUCUGCCCGGGCCCAUCCUCAGCUCCUUCCCCCAGAACACYGCCGUGGGAUCCUCCACCUCCGCCGCCGUGGGCAGCAUCCUCAGCGAGGAUGGCGUGCCCAUCAACUCRGGGGGCUUUGGGCUCGGGGCUCUCUCCGGCCUUGGUGGCCGCUACUGUGGCCAGCACGUGGACACCACAUGA